AAUCCCGUUCAUACACCUCCUUCAAACACAUUCAUCUCCUCCCGAAGCAAACAUGCAACUGGCGACACUGAAUCCCACAGCUCCAAACUUGCUGCGUUUCCAUCCCUUUCAGCAGCCUCUACUAUCCCAAAAACUCCACCUGCCAAUCCAAACUCGCGGUGUGAAUGCUGUGUUGAACGGAGGCGGAGGUGGGUCAGGCUUUUUGUCAGCUAUUGGGCGUGCAAUUGAGGAAGAAGAGUACAGGAAGGCCAGGGCGGAGGUCAACAGAAAAGGGCUCGAUUCAGAAGGCUAUUCGGUUGAAGGGCUGUCGAUUGGUGGCCAUGAGACUUGUGUUAUUGUGCCGCAAUUGAAGUCUGCUUUUGAUAUUGGGAGGUGUCCGUCCAGGGCUGUCCAGCAGAAUUUUCUCUUCAUCACCCAUGCUCAUCUUGAUCACAUUGGUGGAUUGCCAAUGUAUAUAGCUACUCGUGGUCUUUACAGUAUGAAACCUCCUACUGUGUUUGUGCCUCCAUGCAUAAAGGAGGAUGUUGAAAAACUAAUUGAUAUUCAUAGGACAAUGGGUCAGGUGGAACUGAACUUUGAUUUGGUAGCCCUGGAUGUAGGGGAAACAUAUGAAAUGCGGAACGAUCUUGUUGUACGACCAUUCAAGACACACCAUGUUAUAACCAGCCAGGGUUAUGUCAUUUACUCUGUCAGAAAGAAGCUGAGAAAGCAAUACAUGCACUUAAAAGGAAAACAAAUUGAGAAAAUUAAGAAGUCUGGAGUUGAGAUCACAGAUACUAUCUUAUGUCCUGAAGUAGCCUUCACAGGAGAUACAAUGUCAGAUUUUUUCCUUGAUCCACGCAGUGCUGAUGCCUUGCGGGCCAAAAUUCUCAUAACUGAAGCAACAUUUUUGGAUGAAAAUGUCAGCAUUGAGCACGCACGAGAACAUGGUCAUACCCAUCUAUCUGAGAUCAUGGAACACUCGCAAUGGAUUCGAAACAAAACCAUAGUGUUGACUCAUUUCUCAUCUCGCUACCAUCUUGAGGACAUUCGGCAAGCUGUAUCAAAGUUGCAGGCCAAGGUGUCAGCUAAAGUGGUUGGUCUGACAGAGGGAUUUAAAUCAAUGUACUCUUAAGACCAUCACUUAUUGCUGCUAAUUUUGUAAGCUUUGCAAUGUACUUGUUGUAGUCAAUUCAUUCACUUAGGAUGUGUCCUUUGAUGCUUUUAUGUAGUUUCACUAGAUCACAUGUAAAAUUACAGAGAUAUGAUGUAUAUGACAUGCUUUGUUCAUAAUGAUAUGGUUUCAUAGCAUAGAAAAUAACUCUAUUUCUUCCAUAUGGGACCAUUCAAAUCAUGAUUGUGAACAUUUCCUUCCUAUCACAAGCACAUAUACUUUGUAUCAACUGAGACUUGUGAAAUGGUACAGAAAAUCUCCUCAGGCCAAUUUAAUGUCAACAAACUUGAGCUCAAACUCCGCUGGAUGGAGCAAGAAUGCAUGUUGCCGAAUUAGAAAGAAAACAUUCUGCAACUCUCUACAUCCUCUAUGAAAAUAGAAUAUUACAACAGGUCAUCUGUAGUGAAAAUAACAUUAUGUAACUCUCUACAUCUUCUACGAAAA